AGAAACAGUCCACUCAGCCUCGAAGAGUAGACAUCAAGUUCAGCUCAUCUAGAAUUGAGAGGGACAAACAUGACCAAACCACGAGGAAGUGAGGCGGAUGCAGCCACGGGAUGACGCACAAUUUUAUGUUCCAAACAAGACGACUGAGAGGCACGUGGAAAUCCCCCCUUUGUGGUUGACUUGAAUUCCAGUCCAGGGUUUGACUGAACCAGCCUGGAGGUUUUGUCUGCAAUGCAUCGUCAACCACUCCUGUUGCUGCCAUCCAUUAAUCUCCAUUAAAACAGAUGUCACCACAUCCCUGGUUGCCUGUAAUUAAGUGCGCUUUGCCCACCGAGAGGAAAAAACCCUCUCCAAGCUGAUGGUCUCUCCAAGAUUACCCUAUCAGGUGCAAACCGCUGACAUGUUUCCACCCACCAACAACAAAAAAGCCUCUCUGUGCCCAAAUCUCAAGCCGCAGACGCACAAACACCACUGACAGGCACUGCUGCGCCAUCACCAGCCCCCAAAACCUCUCCAGGGAUCCGCUGCUGCCGCUGCCGGUUUCCACACGACUUUUUCCGCUGAAAAACAUAACUUUUUGUUUGCCUGGAUAAGUUUGUUUAGCGACUUGUUUUUGGUGGAAGGGCGUUUUGUUAUUCACCGCUUUUUUUUUUUGCUUUUUUUCCGCCGCAGCACUUGAAUAAAAUGACCCAUGCAAGGUGUAGAAAUCCCCCGCAGGUACGGACGGAGUUGAGGAGAUUGUGAUCUCUGGAGCAGCAGGAUUGGGAUUGUGGGGAGCUUUAGGUGCGCGAAGGAUAUUUUUUUCAGGAGAUUUUUUGAGAGAAUUCUGAAUCCUUUCAACGCUUGGCACCGAUUUUCGGAGACGGGAUUUCGGGGAGCUGAGGAGACUGAGCUGAGAAAAAUAAACAACCUUCUGGAUAAUUCCAACAAGGAAACACCUAAUGUUGCACUCCGUGACUCUGCUGUUGCUCUCCAGUGAUCUAUCCUUACGCUGGGAUUCAGUCUCCUACUUACCGCCGGAGUUGUGUGCGUAAAAGGACGCGCAGGGGAGCGAAAGCAAGAGAGAGGGGGGCGAUUUCGCCAACCUUUCCCGGGGCUCUAAAUCUGUGCAAGCAGGUGUACUUCAGGUGUAUUUCUGCGAGUCAAGAUGUCUGUGCUGCCUUCGAGGUUCAUAUACCUGUGUUUACAUUUUCUGGUACUCUAUUUCCAGCUCCAGGAAUCCCAGCAGACCUCUGCUGAUUUCAGGUUUUACAUCGAGAACCACACGAGGAACCCGGACGACCUGAGCCGGAAGCAGGUCCGGAUCUAUCAGCUCUACAGCAGAACCACGGGGAAACACGUCCAGAUCUUGGGCAAGAAAGUCAACGCCAAUGGAGAUGAUGGGGGCAAGUAUGCUCUUCUUGUUGUCGAAACAGAAACUUUCGGAAGCCACAUUCGAAUAAAAGGAAAAGAGAGCGAGCAUUACAUUUGCAUGAACGAGAAGGGCAAAAUAGUCGGAAGGCCCGAUGGAAGGAAGCAGGAGUGCGUUUUUGUCGAGGAAUUCCUGGAGAACAACUACACAGCUCUCGUGUCGGCCAAGUACAAAGGGUGGUACCUGGGCUUCAACAGGAAGGGUCGGCCCAAGAAAGGCUCGCGGACCACGCAGAGGCAACAGGAAGUCCACUUCAUGAAGCGCCAGCCGAAGGGCAGGCCGGACCCGCUGGAAGAGUUUCGUUUCACCACAGUAACUAAGCGGACACGAAGGGCUCGGCGGUUAAAACCCAACCCCAAGAGGAACUGAUGGGACCAAUGGGACAGCACUAAUUUUCCUCGGGGAAAAAAAACAAAAAAAAAACUGUAACUGAAAAUCUCAAGCUUCUUGUCUUAAAAGAAUCACCUUAAAGACUACACUUCUGUAAAAGAAAGAUGGACAAAAAGAACAAAAAGAUGUUUUAUUUUUGUAUUUCAGGAUGACUGAAUAUUUCCUAACUCUUGGAUUCUUCUGGGUUGAUGUCAUUGUGCUAACGUGUCUGUCAUGUUAUUUAUACUGGAUAAACUAAAGGACCUCUGAGAGAAUUCCUGUCGCCGUCGUCCUCAGCUACGUUUGAACUGCAAGCUGAAGACUUUCUUUUUUGACAAUGGGGACUGAAAGCAGGAGCUGACGCAAUGUUAUAAAAAUCAGCCAACUAGAGAUUUAUUGGAAUACCUGUCGGUUUUUGUUUGUGUUGCCCCUGACAAUGCGGAUCCCAUACUUUCCACUGGAAUCAGACACCAUGGAGAUGAAACGGAGAGAGGUGGCAGUCGCAGGUGACACUGCCGGGAUAACUGUGUAGCUUUGAGUGCAAUAUUUUACAGGUCUCUCUCUUUCUCUUCUUCUUUUUUUUCCUUUUUUUUCCGUACGUCUCUCAACCUCCACUCGCGGCUCCUGGAAUGCCUUCUGAGUACUGUGUGUGAUUUCCUUGACAUUUCCAUGCAGCCUGUGAUUCAGCUAAAACACGACAUGCUUUGACUAGUCGGGCACCAGCCGUGGCUUUGUUCAAACACCUAAAAAGAAAACAAUACAAAAUAUUACAGCUGAUGUGAAUCAUAAUUCCACAAGGUCUUCCAGCUUGGUUUGGGAUGUUAAUCCCUCUCUCCCUUUUGGAUUUUUGAACAGCUCUUCCUCUCAUGUGUUAAAGCUGUUCCAGAAAAGGAUGCCUUGAUUCUUUGAGUGUGAGCUAGCUAAUAUUUCGGGGCUGGUGAUGAAGACUUCCUCUACCUCCUUGUUCUUCUUUGUUUAUCUUAACCUAGCCCGACUGUCUGCGUUCAGUUAAUCUCAAGAACCUUUCAGUCGACGCUGAGCGGAACUCUUUUCUCUCUUUCUUCCAAAAUCGUCUCUCGACUGUGAGCUCAUCUUCGCUCCUUUUCACUCUCACUGGAUGAACGUCUCAGAGAUGCUUUUGGGAAAUAUUAUCCCAAGAAUACUGUAGCUCUGACCACCCCCGAUCACCCGCAUUUGACAAUUUAGACUUCUCCUCAAAACCCAGACGACCCAGCUCGUCCAGGAUGAUGGGAACUUUUCCAGCGACAUGUGGUCCGAAUCGUAAAGGGAAAAGUCUGUGCUCCUAUUCUCUCACUGAAGCCUCUUUUCACCAGUAGUAUGUAUUCACCUGUCUGCUGGCAGGUUUUUGUAUGAGUUGCUACUAACAACAUGACACAUUUAUGAUUUUUUUUUUUAAACAAAUGUAAGCAAAAAUAAUUUUAUGACUAUUAUUAAGAUAUUUAUUGCCUCCCUUUGUAAAUAAAAUGUGAUGAGUUUUAUUUGGCCUCUGUUAAUAAAAUGAGGACUAUAUUUUAAA